GCACAUCUUCCUGAGAGAUGGCUUAAUAAAAGAAGAUUUUCAGCAUGGUGUCUGUUUGGGAAUGUGGUUAGUCACCCUGCUUUGAUGGCCAAGAGCAACUUUUAUAGUGAUACGAAACGUAAGGGCAAGAUGAAGAACCUUUUUAGUGCUUUGGGAGCGAAAGCAUUCUGUUGGACUAUGCUAAGUUCUCUGAAUACGAAGAGUCGUUCAGUCUCUGAGGAUCCUUAGGUUGAAAAGCUGACCAUGGUGCCCAGAUAUCCCGCAAUGUUUACUAAAUAACCUGGAGACUCUCAUGAACACGGCAGAAGGAUGGCUGCCAACUGGAUGAUCCAUUAUCUAUGGCCUUUGGCUGUUCUGGUAGGAUGUACGAGUGGCCACAGCCUGUUCUCAUGCGAGCCCAUCAUCUUGAGGAUGUGCCAGGAUCUCCCUUACAAUACCACGUUUAUGCCUAACCUCCUGAAUCAUUAUGAUCAGCAAACAGCAGCUCUCGCAAUGGAGCCAUUCCACCCGAUGGUAAACCUUGACUGCUCCCGGGACUUCCGGCCUUUUCUGUGUGCUCUUUAUGCUCCUGUUUGCAUGGAGUACGGCAGAGUCACCCUCCCAUGUCGCAGAAUUUGUCAACGGGCGUACAACGAGUGUUCAAAACUCAUGGAGAUGUUUGGCGUGUCUUGGCCAGAGGAUAUGGAAUGCAGCAGGUUCCCGGACUGUGAUGAGCCUUACCCUCGCCUGGUCGAUCUCAGCGUAGUUGGGGAGCCAACAGAAGAGGUGCCGGUGGCAGUGCAAAGAGACUAUGGCUUUUGGUGCCCCCGAGAGCUGAAAAUAGACCCUGACCUGGGCUACACAUUCCUGCGGGUACGGGACUGCUCCCCUCCUUGUCCAAAUAUGUAUUUCCGGCGUGAGGAGCUCUCCUUCGCGCGGUACUUCAUUGGCGUGAUCUCCAUUGUCUGCCUUUCAGCCACCUUGUUUACUUUCUUGACUUUCCUGAUCGACGUCACAAGGUUCCGCUACCCAGAAAGGCCCAUUAUCUUUUACGCCGUCUGUUACAUGAUGGUGUCUCUCAUUUUCUUCAUCGGCUUUUUGCUGGAGGACAGGGUGGCCUGCAACGCCUCUAGCCCCACCACCUACAAGGCUUCCACGGUGACGCAGGGCUCUCACAACAAAGCGUGCACCAUGCUCUUCAUGGUCCUGUACUUCUUCACCAUGGCUGGGAGCGUCUGGUGGGUGAUUCUUACCAUUACUUGGUUCUUGGCCGCCGUCCCCAAGUGGGGCAGCGAAGCCAUCGAGAAGAAAGCCCUGCUUUUCCAUGCCAGCGCAUGGGGCAUCCCGGGAACCCUGACCAUCAUUCUCCUCGCUAUGAAUAAAAUUGAAGGGGACAACAUCAGCGGUGUGUGUUUCGUUGGCCUCUACGAUGUGGAGGCCUUGAGAUACUUUGUUCUUGCUCCCCUCUGCUUGUAUGUGGUGGUUGGAGUUUCUCUGCUGCUCGCCGGCAUCAUCUCUUUAAAUCGGGUCCGUAUUGAAAUUCCUCUCGAGAAGGAGAACCAGGACAAGCUGGUGAAAUUCAUGAUUCGGAUUGGCGUCUUCAGCGUUCUGUAUCUUGUGCCGCUUCUAGUGGUGAUUGGCUGCUAUUUCUAUGAGCAGGCGUACCGAGGUGUGUGGGAAACGACAUGGAUACAAGAACGGUGCAAAGAAUACCACAUUCCCUGCCCUUAUCAGGUCACCCAAAUGAGGCGUCCAGACUUGAUCCUCUUUCUGAUGAAGUAUCUGAUGGCUCUUAUAGUGGGGAUACCAUCUGUUUUCUGGGUUGGAAGCAAAAAGACCUGCUUUGAGUGGGCCAGCUUUUUCCACGGGCGCAGGAAAAAAGAGGUUGUGAACGAGAGCCAGCAAGUGCUUCAGGAGCCUGACUUUGCCCAGUCGCUCUUGAGAGACCCCAACACGCCCAUCAUCCGCAAGUCCAGAGGCACCUCCACCCAAGGGACGUCUACUCACGCCUCCUCAACCCAACUGGCAAUGAUGGACGACCAGCGAAGCAAAGCAGGCAGCGUCCAUAGCAAAGUCAGUAGCUACCAUGGCAGCUUGCAUAGGUCACGGGACGGCAGGUAUACCCCCUGCAGUUACCGUGGGAUUGAAGAUCGACUACCUCAUGGCAGUAUGUCCCGACUGACCGACCACUCCAGGCACAGCAGUUCGCACCGGCUCAACGAUCAGUCGCGUCACAGCAGCACCAGAGACCUCAGUGGGAACCCAGUGACUCACAUCACGCACGGCACUAGCAUGAACCGAGUGAUCGAAGAGGACGGGACCAGUGCUUGACCUGCGCUUCUCUUUCCUCCUCCUCC